AUGGCCAUUGGCUCUUCCCCCGCCAUGGUGGAGGUGAGACAAGUGUCCGUUACCCAUGGCUUCAUGAAUCCUGAAUCGCUGACGCCAGCCACCCUGCUUGUCAUGGAAUCAUAUAUUGGUACCUCCAAGCGGUCUGCCCGCAUCGAAUCCGCAACAAUUUCAAUUCGAUUCUCGAAUCGCUCCAAUCACACAGGCCGCGAUCCUCUCAUAAGAGCAAUCGCCCCGGCUAAAAUUCCCCAUAUAGACCGGCCACACGCUGGGGAUUCCAUAGCCACAACCGAGGGCUUGUCAGGCAGUGUAAAUGAAUUGCCAUCGAGUCUGGAAGAAACCUCACAGCCUCCACAGCCUCCAAAACGCUUGGUUGGAAAACUGGAGGGAAAUAUUUCGAGACUUUGCAGUACUGCGGAAUGGAGUGUUUAUGAAAACGCAGAUGAGAAGAGUGGAGUUCAAAUCCGCCUACAAACGGCGCUCCUCAUUGAGAGAGAUUCAGACGACGAGCAAUAUCAAGCCACUGUGACCAUAGAAACCAGUGUUGCAACAUUCGCACUAAAGUCGCGCCAAGUUUUCCGGGGUGACCCGGUCAUAUUUGACCCAGCACGUUCUAAAGCAGGGAAUAUUGAGGCCGAAAUUCCCGCAGGCAAUCUUGAGAGCGUAGAUCUUUCCUUGCUAGGGAGUGUUACAAAUCUGGCAGAAGCUCAAAGCAGACGCAAUGUGACAGAAAUCUUGGAUAACAUUGCUUCUAGCUAUGUACAGUCGGGCACUCAACAGAAGAUUGAAUCGCAUUAUCAUGAGAUUUGGAACGCUAGACGCGAGGGACGGGGCUGGGUGACGGUGGAAGAGGAUGCUGCUCGAAUUGACGGCAAAACACUUCCCUCAGUACUCACUCCAAGAAUCCUGAGGGAUUCGUUUUCAUGGAUGAAGCAAACCCAGGAUGGGAGAAUUCCUGCACAGUCACACGACAUGACACAUUUUGACCUCAUCGAGAUAGACCAAGUUGAUCCCCAUUCCUUGCCCAGGAUAUCCGGUAUCAUUCAGGCUGACAGCACGUUCAAUUUCAAGCGACAUUUGGAUGCAAUCCGGGGAGCUUCCUCAAUCUAUCCGACAAUCCUACCGCUAGAGCUCUAUAAAGAGCACGUCGAGUCAACCGCAAAGCAAUUUGAAGAAAUGCUUCGGACUCUGCGUGAAGUGGAUGCAAAGCUUCUUGAGGAGCUGAAAGGGACAGGCAAGCCAGAUGAUGCCAGGAUAUCUUAUCGCCUUAUUAGUAAGACGUUGCAUGAGUGUAACAUGAACCUCGUCGAACUGGGACGAAGGAGGAGGUUUGAGGAUGAUUUUGGAGAAACUUUGAAAACUCAUGUAAAUGAUGAAGAACAUGUCAUGACCCAGACAAUUUCAAUCCUUGCUGCGAUGUCGAAAAGUCGCGAAUACGAUAUGCAGACUUUACCAUCGAAGGUGGAGAGUCAACGAAACGUGCUUUAUGGCCUCAUAGCCCAGUUCGAUAACAAUAUGCAGUCAAGGCUAGCAAGAGAAGCCCUACGUGACUCUAAAGCUAUGAAAACUCUCUCGAUCAUAACCAUUCUCUUUCUCCCUGGGGCAUUUGUGGCCACCCUCUUUUCGACUAAUAUGUUCUCUUUCCGCGGAGACUACGAAGAGAUUUGGAUCUAUUUCGUGAUCUGUGUACCUCUGACCGCUAUUUUAAUGACUGCAUGGAUUCUCUGGCUGCGGAGCACACCAUACGGAGUAGAUGAAGAAAGGGGAACAACGAGCCAGAUCGAUGAAAAGCCAAAAAGUCAGAAGGCAGACUGA